AAUUACCGAAUGAUAUGGGGCAUCGUCUAUAGCUGCCUCCUUACUGUAUUUGCUUGCGUUUGGACAGCAGUGCACCCAGAUCUACCACAAUCUUAUGAUGAUAAUGUCUUGGUGUUUAUACUGCGCAUUGUCACGAUGAUCUGGUCACUGGUUUCACCGGAGUUCACUCUGGUGCUUGCAUGGGACCAAUUUUUGAUAUCUCGAAAAAUAUCAGAAAAAUUCGAGAUGGUUGAAGGGUGGACCUUGACGCAUUCAUACUUUGUUGUCAUGAAUGGUUUCUUCGAGCUGUCAGAAGGAAGCGUUGUGGGCCCGAAUCACUUGCAGCAAUACCCCAGCAUAAUUGAGAACACCGGGGAUACUAGAAAGGUCGCAAUAACACAGAAGGAAAUUCUUGACAGAAGCAAAGGUGAUGCGUUUUCCAAAAUUAUCACUGUCCUCCAACUACUCUGGUUUAUCACUCAAUAUGCCGAACGAUGGGCAAACCAUUUGCACAGAUCGCAACUCGAGACAAUGGCACUGGCAUAUGUGGCAUUAUAUAUCUUUGUUUACGUGUUGUGGUGGGAGAAACCCAUCAACGUUCAAUUUCCAAUCCAUGUGAUGCAAAAGUCCCCUUCUGUUCUUCUGACUUCCGAGAUGAGUGUCGAUCAACAAACACCGAAAACGGAGACUGAUGCAGAU